CAGGAUGUUGAGCCGCCAAGUCAUUCGCCCAAUUGUCCAAGCCGUCAGAAAGGGCCACAGCAGCCACUCGCCAUCGGCCGUCACGUACACCGGACAAGGACCAAACACUUUCGUCAAUGACGGUUGGGCCUCUGCUCGUCUCCCAUUCCACGUCACCAACAAGUGGGGAUUCGCCGCCAAGGCCGUCACUUUCCUCGCAAUCGGAUUCUGGGCUCCAUUCAUCGUCGUCGAGUAUCAACUCAGAAAGGCCAACCAAUAAAUAAAUUAGCUCAACCCGUUUUCCAAAAUUAUUUUGUAUAGUGAUGUUGUUUUCUUCUGACCUAUGCUGUUUUACAGUGUCAAACGGUACAACAGCACGGUUUUUGACAGAAUAAAUAGACGACCUGUUC